AUGAAGUUCUUGGCCGCAGCUUCCGCCAUGAUGCCUGGUGCAGUCAUGGUGGCUGCCCUCCCCGCAAUGCGUCUUCCUGGAAUGAGCAUGAAGAUUGUCGGUGGAACCAAAGCCGAGGCUGGCGAAUUCCCAUUCAUUGUGAGCUUGUCGCAGGACGACUCUCACUUCUGUGGAGGUGUAUUGGUGGGUGAAACGACCGUUGUGACCGCUGCUCACUGCUCCGUGGAUAUCGAGGCCGACCAGGUCAAAGUUCGUGCCGGAACUACCACGUGGGAAAAGGGCGGCGAGCAGGUCGACGUUAGCAAGAUCACAGUUCACCCCAAGUACUCGGCCGAUACCAUGGACAACGACAUUGCCGUUUGGACCUUGGCCCAACCCAUCGAGCAGAACAACGAUACCAUCAAGUACAUUUCCCUCCCCGCGGCUGGAUCUGACCCCGAGGCCAACACCACUGCCACCGUUGCCGGCUGGGGUCUGCUCAAGUCGACCGACUCGUCCGUGCCGGCCGACCUGCGCAAGGUCUCGGUCCCCGUUGUCUCUCGCGACGAUUGCAACACGGCGUACAACAAGAACGACACUCAGAUCACCGAGAACAUGUUCUGCGCCGGUUCCACGGGCAAGGACUCGUGCCAGGGUGACAGCGGUGGCCCAAUCAUCAAUGACAACAGCACCUUAAUUGGUGUCGUGUCUUGGGGCAUCGACUGCGCCGCUCCUGGCUACCCCGGUGUCUAUACCAACGUUGGCCAGUACAUUGACUUCAUCAACAACCCAGACUCUGCCUCUGACGACAGCACUGGCAAUGACAACAACACUGGCAACGACGAGGAGACUGGUGAUGAUGAGGAGACCGGUGAUGAUGAGGAGACUGAGGAUGACGAGACCGGCUAUGAGGAUGACGAGGAGUCCGGUCACCACGGUUCCCACCACGGCUCCCACCACGGUUCUCACUCUCACGACGAGGAGGAGUCCGACGAAUAA